AUGAAGUACAAGACUUUUAUAGAGAUGACAACUAAAACCAAGUACUCACAUGUUUCCAAUUGGUUAUUCCACAGGGCAAAGGCCAAAGAAAAAAUAUUGCUUGAAGGUAGUGUCUCUGAACAGUAUGCUAUCUUGGAAGACUACUGCAAAAUAAUCUUGGCUACAAACCCAAGUAGCACUACCAUCAUCAAAUCAAAUAUGGUAGAAGGAAAAAUGACAUUUGAGAGGCUAUACAUCUACUUAAAAUCUUGUAAGGAAGGUUUUAGAUCUGGUUGUAGACCACUCAUUGGUCUUGAUGGGUGCUUCCUCAAAGGGUAUUGCAAAGGGUUGUUUUUGGCUGCAGUAGGAAUAGAUGCAACAAACUCAACGCAUCCUAUUGCCUAUGUAGUUUGUGAGAAAGAAAACACUAACACUUGGUCUUGGUUUUUAAAUAUUUUGAAGGAAGAUCUAGAUAUUUACAGGCCUUCUCAGUUUGCUAUGAUGAGCGAUAGGCAGAAAGGGUUGGAGAAUGUUAUUGCUUUUGUUUUUGAGGGUGCAGAGGGGAGAAAUUGUCUUAGGCACUUGCAUUCCAACUUCAAGAAAGACCACCCAUUUGAUGCCAGAGACAAGCCGAUAAUUACUUUGCUAGAAAAGAUUCGUUAUUGGCUAAUGAGUCAGUUUUUCAAUAAGAGGGAAAGUGUGAAUAAGUGGAUACAUCCUAUGGGGAAAAGAAUAUUGCAGGUUGUGGAGAAGAACGAUAAUAUUGCCAAGAUUUGUCUGACUACUAGGGCUGCAACUUAUCAAUUUCAAGUUGAUUUCCCAAACAAUGAGUCAUUUGAUGUUUAUUUGCAAAAAAGGACUUGCAGUUGCCGAAGAUUUCAACUCACUGGUAUCCCGUGUGGUCACGCACUGGCUGCCAUAUGGACAAGUGGUGCAGAGAUAAUGGACUAUAUCCAUGAAUGUUAUAAGAAAGAGAUAUUUUUGAUAGCUUGUGCAGGAAUCUUAUACCCUAUGCCAAGCCUAGAGCAGUGGCCAGAGACUAGUUUGAACCCUAUAUACCCACCUUUUGAAAUUAAUCUGCCAAGGAGACCAAAGAAGGCCAGAAGAAGAGAGUCUAAUGAACCACCCCCAAUGUAA